CGCGGCCACUGGGCUCUGCGGAGCGAGCGAGCGGUCAGCGCGGAGCCGGAGGCGCGCGUGUCCAGUCCCAAGGCCGACGCCAGCUCGCAAGCAUGGCCCCGGCAGCGGCUUCGGGUGGCAGCACCCUGCCCAGUGGCUUCUCGGUCUUCGUCACCUUCCCCGACUUGCUCUUCAUCUUUGAGUUCAUCUUUGGAGGCCUGGUGUGGAUCCUGAUCGCCUCCUCCCUAGUGCCCAUGCCCCUGAUCCAGGGCUGGGUGAUGUUCGUGUCUGUGUUCUGCUUCGUGGUCACCACUGCCCUGAUGGUCAUGUACAUAAUUGGUACUCACGGCGGUGAGACUUCCUGGAUCACACUGGAUGCAGCCUAUCACUGCGUGGCUGCCCUGUUUUACCUCAGUGCCUCAGUUCUGGAAGCCCUGGCCACCAUCUUAAUGUACGAUGGCUAUACCUACAAGCAGUACCAUGAAAACAUCUCCGCAGUGGUGUUUGCCUACGUGGCCACUCUGCUCUACGUGGUCCAUGCCGUGUUCUCCUUAAUCAGGUGGAAGUCUUCAUAGGGAAGCGGAUCGGCAGCUGGAGACCCAGACAGCAUUAACCGAUCAGCCCAUCUUCCCCCAUUAACUUCCUAGAACACAGACUCAAUGGCGGAGAGAAGAAAACAAGCCAGAAAGCAAACAAAACAAAAACAAAAGGGAGCUAUGUUUCAUUUCUCUUGGGUGUCAUGUUUACCUUCUGCCGAGGGGUUAGACCUUGCUAUGUUUAACCUCCAGCUGAGGGAGGAAGGAGCUGUCUUGCCAGGGGACCCUGUCUGCCCUUGACAGGGACAGUGGGUGGGAACUGGGAACCUUGAUCUGAAGAAAUGACGAUUUCCCCUUCACCCUUGGAGCACGUUCUAAGAAUUUCCUUUUGGAAUUUUCCACAGGCUCUUUUUAACACUCAUCCCCUAGCAUGUCUCAGUCUUUAUGGAUAGCCUGAGUAUCUCAGGCACUGAAAUUUCCCCAGCAGAGGUCUCCAGAUUGCAUGGUGGAAGAUGAGCCCCUUUGAAAUCCUUCAUUAAAUGUCUUUAUGUCUCAUGCUUCAGGGUGAAGAGCUGGAGGGAUUGUUUUCCAUUCUCUGGGACCAGGGAUACCUUCCUAUCAGCUUUCUUCCUGCAGAAUCCCUUGGCUUAACCUGAAUCUCAAGGGACAAUUCAGAUGUGUGUGCUGGGCCACUCUUUCCCGGAGUGACUCACUGGAGACCUUACCCUCACAGAAAAGUCUGCCAGGAUAGCGUCUCCCUUGUCCCCUUUUUGGGAAUAUCCCAAGAGCCUCCACCUUUCUCUUUCAAGACACAGUAGUCUGCAAAAUCAGAGUUUUCUCAGGCCCCUGAAAAAACUAGGUGUGGACAACCCUUCCCACAGAGAAAAGGGAACUGACUGCAGAGUGAAGGGGGGAGACAAUGGCUAUCUUUGGCUGCCACAUUCCAGCUGACCUGAAAAGAGAAAGUAUAAUUAGGUAGGACAUGAAUAAUCUGGAAAGUCAGACUUUCUGCUAGGAGAUCUCACCUUGACCCUACAUCUUAAAGACCUGAGUGACAUCAUAGAGAUGGAGCCCCAGAUGCAGGGAUUUCCUGCCAGCCUCCCGGAGAGCCAGGAUUCUAGCCUCGGUCAGGUUUAACUAGCGGAUGUUUUAUUCUCCAACAAAAUAAGAGAUGAAUCCCACACUUGAAUUGGAUUUGGGUUUUUGUUUUGUUUUGUUUUGUUUUGUUUUGUUUUUUUCUACCUUGGUUCUGAGGAUAGAGCCCAGAGCCUGUGCAUGCUGGGUAAGCACUCUGCUGCUGAAUCCCAUCCUCAGCCCCAAAUUGGGUCUCAAUGGCACAUCCACGAGGACUUUUGUUAUCCCAGUAUCAGUGGUACCCAAAUCUGCCAUUUGCUGACUUAACCACAGGCAGAAUUUCAUGGUAAAACACAAGCAAAAGAUUAGGUUGGGGAUUUGUUUUUAAAAAUUAAAAUACAAACUAAGAGGUGAUAGGAGGUUCAUUGUAAUGUUUAACAUAUCUGUAACUGAGUGCUGACUGGGUGGUCUUAAAUUCUCAACAACACUGCACUGUAACAUGACACUAACAAGCAACUCUGCAUGAAUGAGGAUCGCUUCUUGACAGGAGGGAAAAGAGAUGGAGGAAGGAAGGAACGAACGAACGAAGUAAAGACGACUAAAUGAAUUCCCCAAGGGUUUCUCAAUGUUUCAGAUUUUUAAUCAUUAAAAGAAACUUUC